UCUCUUCAAUUGCUGUGAUAGCUUAACCAAAAAAAAAAACUCAUCAUCCUCCAUGACUCAACCACCUCUAAAACUAACCAAUUCCCUUCUCAUUUCCCCCAAUUUUUCACUCUCCGCCGCGCACCGUCGCGUCGCCAUUGCCGUCGAUCUCAGCGACGAGAGUGCCUACGCCGUUAAAUGGGCCGUCCAAAACUACCUCCGUCCAGGAGACGCCGUCAUCCUCCUCCACGUCCGACCAACUUCCGUGCUCUACGGUGCAGAUUGGGGAAGCACCUCCACCUCCCCUGCUCAUAAAAUCGAACGAGAUUAUGAAAUUUUCACCAACAAUAAAGCGACUGAAUUAGCUUUACCUUUAGUAGAAGCGAAUGUUCCGUUCAAAAUUCACAUAGUGAAAGAUCGGGAUAUGAAAGAAAGGCUGUGUUUAGAAGUGGAGAGGUUGAGAUUGAGUGCGAUGAUUAUGGGAAGCAGAGGAUUUGGGGCUAAUGAUAUCAGGGGAAUUAUUAGUAAAGGGAAACUUGGGAGUGUUAGUGAUUACUGCGUGAAAAACUGUAUUUGUCCUGUUGUGGUUGUUAGAUACCCACAAGAAGAUGAAUAUGGCGACGGAGCAGUGGAGAAGAAGGCGGCGGUUGAGGCUGAACUGCCACCGGUACCGGAGGAGGAGCACGAGUAUCAUGAUGCUGAUGAUGAGCUAAAAGGUGAAUGAUCUAAUGCUGUGAAGUAGAUGGAUAUCUUGAUGUCUAGAUUUUUUUAAUGCAGGAUGUAUUUAUAUUUUAUAUAUC